GUUAAACUGACGUGACGGUAUAAAUCGAUUCAACAACCUUGGUAUGGAGCAUUGGAAUGUGGAUAUGCGUAAAACGGCGUAGCUUAGCUUGGCUGUCUCCUCAAAAUAUCUCCAUCAGUUAAUUUUCACUGCGAGCAAACACCCACAGCCUGUGUUUUGCCUUACUUGCAGUGACUCGCGGCACUUCACCCUGAAAGAGAUAGACAUGGCGACGGCGGAUUCUCCAAACCCAUCCAACUCCGACGUUGAUCUCCCUGAUUCCAAUGAAAACACUACUCCUUAUUCCUCCUCCUCCUCCGACUCCUUGGUUCCCAUUCAACCUCCCUCCUCCGCCGUCAUCCCCGCCAGUUCUGCCGUCUGCCUCCUCGGCUUCGCUAGCGAGGCCGCCGGCGGCGCGUUGAUGGGUUCCAUCUUCGGUUUUGGUUCUGGAUUAUUUAGGAAGAAAGGUUUUAAGGGAUCUCUCGGGGAGGCAGGUUCUCAUGCAAAGACGUUUGCUGUUUUGUCUGGAGUGCACAGCCUGGUCAUAUGCUUUCUGAAGAGGAUUCGUGGGAAGGAUGAUGUCAUCAAUGCAGGUGUUGCUGGAUGUUGCACGGGUCUUGCUUUAAGCUUCCCAGGUGCACCUCAGGCUAUGUUGCAGAGUUGUGUCACAUUUGGAGCCUUCUCGUUCAUCGUCGAAGGGAUGAACAGGAAGCAAACAGCACUUGCUCAUCCAAUUAGUAACAUGAGCAGCACAAGACUUGACAACCAUCGCCUGCCUCGAUCCCUUAUGCUCCCCCUCUCAGUUCCGCUUCCAGAAGACCUAAGCAAGGCCUUCUCUUUCUUCUGUGAUUCCUUGACAAAACCGAAGCGCCGCAUCAAAUCUCCGAGGCCUGGACCCUGGAGUGCUUGAACACUCGUAAACCGAGAGUCUAGGACAAUGUAUGAUUGAUGAAUGAGCCUUGAAACUAAGACGGACUAAAGACUCGAAUGCUUUCAGCUCUCUUGGAUCGGAUCCCAACCGAGUCCUGAGGGUUUUGGUCAUAUAAGUUUUCUCGAAUUUUGAAAGCUGUCCCUUUUUCCUCUUUUGUAGAUAUAGUUUUGUUCAUGUGUAUCGAUCAUCAGUGAGUAGGGUGAGGCGAGGAAUGCUGCAUUUUGUCAAAUGAGUGACUCUGCUGCACAAUGUUCCUUGCAAAGUGCAAAGUACACUAUUUCGUUUUGACAUUCGAAAACGAACCCUCAUUUGUUCCUCAAAUUCUUACUCGUUCUACCUCAUUUGUCCAAACAAUAUUUGAAAGAACUUAACAAAUUAUUGUCAAGGUG